AUGCCGAUCCUGAAUCCAUCCUACCCCAAAAGAGCGCCCAGUGUCUUUUCCGAGUCUAGCACGCUGACUGGCGUCGACGAUCUCUGGGAUGAGGCUCUGGAGGAGUAUAAGCGCAUCACUGGCCUAGACCUGCGAUCUUUGGACGAUCCUCUUGCACGUCGUCUUGGCGCUUGUACAUCCAACGAGGACGUCCUCAAUGCGCUGGUGGAGACGGCUGCAGCCGUAGAGACCUAUCGCAAGGGCGGGGCGAUGGAAAGCUCCAUCAGAGGAGCGCUCAAGCACCUCGUUCAUGGCCUGUCUAUUCUACUAGAGACCGGUGCUGAGGCGGCGAGCUCCUUGGCGAUCCCGGGCGGCAAGGCUCCAUUUGUCGCUGUGGCGGUGCUCCUCAAGGCAGCGAAAGGCGUGAGCGCUAAACUGGACGAUCUCGAGAAGCUUUUCGUACAAUUCAACAUCUACCUCAAACGCCUCAACGACCGAUUGCGGGUACCUCUGGAGCAUCAUGCCAGAGCCAUCGCUGUUGAGGUCCUGGUGGAAAUGUUGAAAGCGCUCGCGCUCGCUACGAAAGUGAUGCGCGAGAAUCGCUUCAAGCACUUCUUGAAGGCCCUGUUCGUGGAAGGGAGCGAAGCUCGUCAAGCCGUGCAAAGGCUGGAGGACAUCUUGACAAAUGAGGAACGGACGUCGAUUACCCACAUAAUCGUGGGCAUGCAUGCACUCAAGGAGGAUCUUCUGGACGCACGACAGGGUGUCCACCGAGCGGUCGAUGACGUUCAGAUCACUGUCAAUUAUACGUCCGCACUAGUAGUCGAUGUGCGGAAUGAACUAAAUACAACGAACACCCAAUUGGCCGAUCUCACGGCGACGAUUGAGCUUCUCAGAAUGCAGAUAACGCACACAGAUGCGGGACCGUCUGCAGUCGUGCCAUCAGCAAAACCAGAUCGAUCUACCACGGACUUGCAAAUGAUUGGAAUCUCGCUGUGGACUCAGUUCCAGCGACUGCUAUCUGGGCUCAAUGCAGAUGACCUAGAAGGCUCUACAUCAGUUCCUCCUGAUACCUUUUUCGGCCCAACGCAGUGGAACCAGUUUAUACAACCGGGUCUUGAUCUGAAGAUCAAAAUGAGCAUUCUCGACCGCCAACUUGACGGCGAAGUUCAUUGCCCCUGGUGCCAUAGUUACGAUGCAUGUGCAUUAGAGCCACCGGCUUAUGAGGCUGGUUCACCCAAAUGGCCAUGUGAAUCUUGUGGUCGUCGCUUUCAUGCUGUAAAGGAAGAUGCCAACUUGCUCUCUCCAUACCGAGUAGUCCCUAAGCGGGAUCUUCCGGACCGCAUCCGAUUCGGCCCAGUAAAGCGAGUGACACCAGGCGAGCAAACUGGCUGGCCCAGGAUGAGUGACUUUCGACGUAUCAUUGUUGUCGCUUUCAAAGGAGAAUCAUGGGAGGAGGAUACACGAGGGCCGACACCGGCACACAACAAGCAUGAAAUACAGACAGAUAGGGAUACUCAGCAAGUCAAGGUAUAUGAGCUAUGGGGAUCACGCUGGAUCGAACGAGGCGUGGGGUUCUGUCUCAGCAACAAGGACAUCACUCCUCGGAGGCAACUCGCAUUCACUAUCCAUUCACUCUCGGACUUCACCCAUGUAAUCCUCCACCUGCCAUUUAGCCAAGGCCGACAAUGGAAACAAUCACUCGACACCGUGAUCUUUUGGGACGAUAAGUAUGGAGGACAUUUUGCGUUAAACUUCAGGUAUCCUGAGGCUUGUUCAAAAACGUGGAAAAGUAUAUUAGCGAAGUGCACGCAACCCCAAAGAAUUGAAGAACGGGGCUGGGGACCAAAUUCGCACAGUAAUCCUGUGUAG